AUGACGAAGCACGCUGACAUCAUUCGACCGUUUCUGUUUUCAGUUCGCCUGUUCCUAUGGAUCAGCGCACUAAUCACUUUGAGCCUUACUGCAUGGGUGGUCGAUCACCUGAAAGGCUAUCGGGCCAUCUUCACCCUAGUUAUUGCGGUUCUCACUACGGCAUUUUAUAUUCCCUCCCUCUUCACCGCUUGCAUGCAUCGCAACCGUGGUUAUAUGCUUCCAUUGGACAUAGUCUUCUACGCACUAUGGCUAUCAGCAUUCAUCUUUGUUGCCCAAACUGAUGACUACUUUGAUGACGUCGGCUUCUGGACCUUAUGUGGCCUGUGCUUGGAAACCCUCAAUAUUUAUUUCGACAGCCGGCAUUCUACGUAUGUUCCUACAGUUAACCAUCCCGAGAAACCGAACGCAUCGGGCCGUGGUGCCAACGAUGGAACUGCUACAACCCCAAGCGCGGAGCCUGCGCCCGCAAUGAAUGGUGAGCACACUCAGGUUUGA